UCCCCCGUGUCCCCCCCCACCCGAGUGGCUGCGGGGUCCCCAGCCCUGCCCAGGACUGACCCUGCCUGCGGUGACGGCACCCGCUGUCCCCGGGGUGCUGGCGCCCUGGGAGGGGGCACAGGGUGGGACCCCAGCUGCAUCCCCUGCCCCCCCGCAGUGCCACCCGGGGGGGGGGGACACACCGGCGGGGACGAGCUUCUGCCGCGUCAGCACCCGGGUGGCAGCAGCACCCAGAGCCUUCCCCGCAUUGUGUCCCCGACAAUGGCGGUGCCACGUGCGCCCGCGGCCUCGACCCCCCCCCGGGGCCCCCGUCCCCAUCCCGGGGGGACAGAGGGACAGAGGGACAGGCGGCCACGAGGCUCCCGGCCGGCGGGUGCUGAAGGGGAUGCCGGCGGGCGGGGGGCUGCUGUGCGGGGCCAGCGGCCUGGCCCUGCUCCUGGCCGCCACCGCCACCCGCUUCUGGCUGCAGCACCGGGCGCCCGCUGGCACCGCCAGCCUCGGGCUGUGGCACGCCUGCCUCGGGGGGCACUGCCGCCCCCACCCCGGCACCCCGGCCUUAUGGGAGGCCACGCGGGUGCUGAUGCUGCUCUCGGUGCUCACCGCGGCUGCCGGCCUUGCCUUGGGGCUCUCUGUCAUGGCCAGCGCUGCCCGGCGGGCACGUGCCCGCGUGGCCGGCGUCACCCUGCUCCUGGCUGGUCUGCUGGCGCUGCUGGGGCUGGCGGUGUACACGGCCGGCACGCUGAGCCUCCUGGGGCCGGCCCGCACCGCCUGGCGCUUCUCCUGGUCCUACAUCCUGGGCUGGGUCGCCGUCGUCCUCACCGGCUCGGCAGGGAUUUUCCAUCUCUGUGCCGCCGCCAAGGACCCAUCUCCGGAGAGCUCCGAAGUGGCGGGUGCCUGAGAGGCCCCCGGGGACCCCCGCUCCCGCCCUCGCCCCCACCCUCCUCCCCACAGGAGUCGGGUGGGGGCACCCUGAGGCUGUGUGUCACUGCUGUGCUGAGUUCUGCCCGGUCUCUGCAGGGCUGCUCUCCCGCCCCCUCACCCCCACCCCUGUUUUGCCCCCCCCAACUCUUGCUGUGCCAAUA